AUGGCUGCCAGGCAUUCUGAGCUUGAUCUCCCUGUCGACGAUGCGAUACCCAAAGCCAGGGCAGACUCAAGAGAUAUCGAACCACCAGAGGAGUCCACGACUGAUGCACCUGAUACAAGAUACCAGACCACUAAAUGGGAGAUUUGGGCAUAUUAUGCGUGUGUUGCCCUCUUAUUUUUCCAUGAAAUGGAUAAAUGGUGGGUUUCUACGUCAAACAAUCACAAUAUAACGGAUGCUCACUUAUGCGAAGACUUUGCUCCUACUGCAUUCCAGAACCUGCUCUCUCAGGCCGCAGGGCCUGGUGGAACUUUGGUAUUUGCUGGCUCCAGACGAACGAUCAAUAGCAUCGUGCUUCUGAGCAACGGCAUAUCGUUUGCGAUUCAGGCUCUCGUCUUCCUCUGUAUUGGUAGCUUUGCUGAUUUCGGCACCUGGAGGCCAAAUAUACUCAUCGUGCUGUCUAUAAUCGCAUACGCGGUUGGGUUUGGAUGGAUUGAUGUCCAUACGUCUGAGAAGUGGCACAUCGCGUCAGGCCUUUACAUUGUGGGCCUCAUCGCCUACCAGACAUGUCUGACCUUCUGGACUGCCGCAUUUCCCGGGCUGGCGAGGAAUACGGAGGAAAUUCGACAAAGGGCCGAUGAGCUUCGUGCGGGACAUAUCACUAAAGAUGAAUAUGAUGCUGCUGAUUCUAUGAAGCGAAGCCAGUUAUCGAAUGUAGCGUUUUAUGUCCAGUCUGUCGGCGAAGUGUUCAUUCUGGCAGUGAUCGUGGGCAUCAUGUUCGCGUUGGAUGUAAAUGCCAGCGAAGCCAAUAAUAACAGGGGACUGAGCGUUCUUAUUGCCUUUGCGACGGCGGUUUGGCUGGUCCUGUCAAUUCCAUGGUUUAUUCUAGAAAAACGACGACCGGGACAAAAGUUGGAGGGGAAGAAUAUCGUUCUGGCUGGUUUAAGCCAGUUAUACCGUGCAGCAACAGAGAUCUGGUCCCUAAGGCAGAGCUUGUUUUAUCUUGUCGUGACGGUGAUUGCAACUCUUCAAAAUAGCAUUGUUGCGUAUAACACGCUCCAGUUAACAUAUCUCCUUAUUGUUGGUAUCACUUCUCAGGCCAUCGGAAUCUAUGCCUUCUGGGCCAUACAGCAACGCUUCAACUUACAACCCAAGACCAUGUUCAAUGUUAUCGCCAUUGCAAUCAUCCUCCUUGACGGCUGGGGGAUGGUGGGUAUCUGGACCUCUAAGUUUGGAUUCCACAAGGCCUGGGAAGUUUGGGCCUACCAGGCUUUUUAUGGCCUCUUCGUCUGCCCGUGGUACAGCUACAGCCAGAUCAUGAUAUCAGAAGUGACUCCCAGAGGCAAAGAGUUUCUCUUCUUCAGUCUAUUCAGCAUCAUCGGCAAGACGUCUUCUUUCAUCGGGCCUCUGGUUUCAAGUGCCAUCAUAGAUGCAUCGCCAUCGGGGAACAACUCGACCCCUUUCUAUUUCCUGUUUGCUCUUAGUGUAGCUAGUUUCGUUUUCCUCUUCUUCUUCGUUGAUAUACCGACCAGCCGGAAGGAACAGGAGAUCUUUCUGGCCAAAGAGAGGGCAAGGCUUAUAGUUAGAUAG